AAACAUUUAAACAGUGCUGGAACUAUGAUUUUUUCAGAAUUUUGCAGGAACAGAUGAUUAAUAUAAUAAUAUAAUUCCUAAAUUAAAACAGUUAGUAGCUAUAUAAACAAAAGAAAAACUUUUGGUUGUAAACAUUCAUUCAACGAAAUAACAAAAAUAGUGUUGCUGGCGGUUUUAUUGUUAUGUAGAUAUUAUAUACAUUAGCCCGCGGAGGCGGAGGCGGAGUCGAUACAAAAUCGGCGGAAUUUAUAUAUGCCGAUGCCGAUCACAAUUAUUAAUUAUAUAAAUAUACUCGUAUUAAUAUAAUAACUAAGAAAAAUUUAAUAAAUUCGAUGGUUUUGACAAGAAUUAACCAAUGCAAUGAAACCAUAUUAAAUUACUGUAUUUACUAUAUGAUAGGCAGGUACACUAAUAGAAAAAUAAAUUAUUUAUAAUAAUAAUAUAAAUGUAUUAUUAUAAUAUAUCAUCCACUUAGAAUUGUUUUUUUUUAUUCAAUAAUUUACCAUUGAAUUUUAAUUUAAUCCAUCCAAUACCUACUCAAUAACAAAGUGUAUUCGACACCUAUUAUACAGCAGUUUUUAAUUUAUGUUCUAUGUAUAUAUAUAGAAGAUAUGUAUAUAUAUAUAUACAUAUAUAGAAGAGGUCGGGAACCCCUGAUAUACAGUCAAGUCGUGAUAACUCGAAAAACUUGACAACUCAAAUUUUUUUUUAUUCCCCUAAGCAUAUAUAGCAAAUUAAUAUAAAUCCGAGUUAGAUAUCUCGAAUAAUAAAUAUCUCGAAGCGAAUUUUUAUCUCCCUUCAACUUCGAGUUAUCGCGACUCGACUGUAAUAAUAAAAUACAAAAUACAUAUAAAUAAUAUAAUACUCAAUUUAUACCAUAUUAUACUAUCUCCAAUAAUAAUUUGAAAUGUUAUGUAUAUUUUCAUAUUGUCGUUGAUUAUAUAUUUAUAUGCACGGUAUAUCAUAAAUUGAACACCUCCGGUGCACAUCAGAAAACACUUGGAUUAUUGGACGCAAUAAAAUUUCGUUCGGUACCAUAAUGAUCGAUGUUUACGAUUGCUUGUUAUAGACAUCGUUUUUUAUUUUUCAUUUUUAUUUGAUUGGAACCACUGAGGCGUCUUGAUCCCGAAUUCAGACAUCAUAACUAUUAUAUUCGGGCAUUCGGCAUUAAAUUGCAAUGUCUUUUCAGUGGAUCAUCAAAAUAACUAGUUGCUACAUCGAUAUGUUGAUAGGGAUUUUAUCGAUUAUUGAAACCAUCUAGGCAACAUAUUAUACUGUAGAAUUAUAUUUAUAGAUGUGAAUAGAUUCGUGAUAUUAUUAUGGUAUAUAUAAGCAAUAUAAAUAAACCACAAAAUAUUAUUAGUUAUGUAUGAUAACCGACUUCGAUCAGAAUCUUUUUUGUAUACAAUGACGAAGUACACUCAACAGUCGACAUCUAUAAUCUAUAUACUGUAUACAGGCACUGUGAUCUGUUUAUACCUACUUUCCCUCUUUUUAAUAUGUUUGUGUGCUCCACAGGUAUGGAUUUUAUUUAUUGUCGAGCCUGCAUACUAUACAGAACUUAACGUUGGUCAUGAUUUAAUCAAUUGGACUGCUACAUAUAGACAUGAUAGUGAUAUCGUUACGCCUUAUCAACGAUGGGCUUACUACGAUCCGUCCAUAACUCAAAUUGAACAAUUUAAUCGAAAUUACGCACAAGAUAAAACGAAACAAUUGGCGAUAAUUGUCACAGAUUGUAACACUAAUUAUUAUGACAGAAAACUAUUUUAUGCUACAGAGUUGAGCAAAUAUAAUAUAUCUGUAGAUGUAUAUGGUGAAUGUGGUGAAUUUAAAAAUAUCGAAUCUAAUACUUUUCUACAAAUGCUGGAUCAGGAUUACAAGUUUUAUUUGGCUUUCGAGAAUUCAAAUUGUAUUGAUUACGUGACAGAUAAGUUUUUCGUCAACGGACUUCAGCAUAACGUACUGCCGAUUGUGAUGGGCGGACGUCGAGAGGACUACGAGCGGAUGGCGCCUAGACAUUCAUACGUGCACGUGGAUGACUACGAGUCGCCCAAGCGGCUGGCCGAGUACCUGCGACGGUUGGACGCCGACGACGACUUGUACAACGAGUACUUCCGGUGGAAGGGCACCGGCGAGUUUAUCGACACAAAGUUUUUCUGUCGGCUGUGCGCGAUGUUGCAUGACGAUGGCGCGCCGGCCAAAAGUUACCGAAACUUUAACAGCUGGUGGCGUGGCCCGGGUGUUUGCGAUGACGAUGGACCGGAGAUACCUACGCAAUUGCCGCCACCGCCGUUAGCGAUUAAUGACAUAGAAGAAGAAUGACAGGAGAGGAGGCAGAUAAAUAUAUCUGUACAUCACUUUUGAACGUCUUUUGCAAGGAUAACACUAGGGGCGGGUUGGAAUGCAGCUUGUAGAUAUACAGUCGUAUAAUGUCUUGCUAAUA